UAAAGUUACUCAACUCUGCAUCAAGCUCAACUAUAUUCUUUCAUCCUUUUUAAACUGCGAUAAGAUUGUAACUACCAUUCUCAAGAUGUAAUCGGAUCCAGUCUGGUUACAGUGAGCCUCCAGAGCUGGUAAGGGAUAUGGUAUCAUGGAGGCUGAACUGGAAAAACUUGCAUUGAUUGUUAGUUCAUAUGACCUUGAAACCUUAAAGAAACUUGGAGGAGUUGAAGGUGUCGCGAGUAGGCUGAGAGUCUCAUUGAAUAUAGGAGUCAAAACUAGUGAUGUACCUGCCAGACAACAUAUAUAUGGAUCGAACAAAUAUACGGAGAAGCCUUUUAAGAGUUUUUGGACUUUCCUGUGGGAGGCUUUGCAGGAUAUAACUCUCAUCAUCCUCAUGGUUUGUGCUGCUGUCUCCAAUAGUGUGGGAUUUGCCACUGAAGGUUGGCCAAAAGGAACGUAUGAUGGGCUAGGCAUUUUAUUGAGCGUAUUCUUGGUAGUCGUUGUUACUGCAAUUAGUGACUACAGGCAGUCGUUGCAGUUUAGGGAUUUGGAUAAGGAGAAGAAAAAGAUACUUAUCCAGGUCACAAGAGAUGGAUCCAGGCAAAAGGUUCCGAUUUAUGACUUGGUGGUUGGUGAUGUAGUUCACUUAUCUAUCGGUGAUCUGGUUCCUGCAGAUGGAAUAUUCAUAUCCGGAUACAGCUUGCUAAUUGAUCAAUCAAGCAUGUCUGGCGAGAGUGCGCCAAUAAGCAUAUACGAAGGAAGACCUUUUCUUCUAUCUGGAACCAAAGUGCAAGAUGGUUCAGCUAAGAUGUUAAUCACAACUGUUGGAAUGAAAACUGAAUGGGGUAAGCUGAUGGAGAGAUUAGCAGAUGGUGUAGAAGACGAGACGCCUCUGCAAGUUAAGUUGAGUGGUGUAGCUACCAUUAUUGGAAAGAUCGGAUUGGCAUUUGCUCUUCUGACAUUUAUGGUUUUGACUGUAAGAUUUCUGGUAGAGAAAGUACUUCACCAUGAGCUCACGAAAUGGUCUUCUGGCGAUGCAAUGACUCUUCUAAAUUACUUUGUGACAGCAGUAACUAUAAUUGUUGUUGCGGUACCAGAAGGACUGCCUCUGGCAGUGACUUUGAGUCUUGCAUUUGCAAUGAAAAAGCUAAUGGAUAACAAGGCAUUGGUGAGACAUCUGUCCGCAUGUGAGACGAUGGGAUCCGCUACUUGCAUCUGCACUGAUAAGACAGGAACACUUACAACAAACCGAAUGGUAGUUAAUAAGAUAUGGAUUUGUGAAAAAACGAAAAAGGUAGAAACUGAUGCAGGUGGGGAUGCAAUACCUUUAAAUAUACCAGAAAAAGAAUUGGCAUUGCUUCUUCAGGCAAUAUUUCACAAUACAGGGGCAGAGGUUGUUAAGGAUAAGGGCGGAAAAAAAUCUAUUCUUGGUACACCAACAGAAUCAGCAAUAUUAGAAUAUGGAUUGCUUCUUGGUGGUGAUAUUGAUAAGCAAAGAAGGGACUGCAAACUGCUGAAGGUUGAGCCUUUCAAUUCAGAAAAGAAAAAAAUGUCUGUGCUUAUUGCUCUACCAGAUGGAAACAGCCGAUCUUUCUGCAAGGGUGCAGCCGAGAUAAUCUUUAAGAUGUGUGACAGGUUUAUCGAUCUUAAUGGUGAAAUUGUUCAUUUGACAGAAAAUCGGACGAGAAAUAUAAUGGAUGUCAUUAAUGAAUUCACCAGCGAAGCCUUACGUACUCUUUGCUUGGCUUACAAAGACAUUGAGGAUGGUUAUGAAAAAGAUAGUAUUCCUGAUAGUGGCUACACAUUGGUUGCUGUGGUCGGGAUUAAAGAUCCAGUUCGCCCUGGGGUUAAAAAUGCAGUAAAAACUUGUUUAGCUGCUGGAAUUACUGUGCGAAUGGUCACUGGUGACAAUAUUAAGACAGCCAAAGCCAUUGCUAAAGAAUGCGGGAUACUAACUGCUGAUGGUUUGGCCAUUGAAGGCCCAGAAUUUCGCAACAGAACUUCUGAUGAAAUGAGGAAUAUAAUUCCUAGAAUUCAGGUGAUCGCUCGAUCAUCACCAAUGGACAAGCUUGUGUUGGUAAAUAAUCUAAGAGGUAUGUUUAACGAGAUUGUUGCAGUUACUGGUGAUGGCACAAAUGAUGCUCCUGCUCUCAACGAGGCAGAUAUUGGAUUUGCUAUGGGUAUUGCAGGCACAGAGGUUGCUAAAGAAAGUGCUGACAUUAUAGUGCUCGAUGACAACUUUAGCACAAUCGUUAAUGUGGCUAAAUGGGGUCGUUCUGUAUAUAUAAAUAUUCAAAAGUUUGUGCAGUUCCAGCUGACAGUCUGUGUUGUGGCUCUGAUGAUCAAUUUUAUCUCCGCAUGCAUUUCAGGAUCCGCUCCUUUUACUGCGGUUCAGCUGCUGUGGGUCAACCUUAUUAUGGACACUUUAGGCGCAAUUGCCUUGGCCACUGAACCACCUCAUGAAGAACUAAUGAACAGACCUCCUGUUGGUAGGGAAGUGAGUUUGAUUUCCAAGACGAUGUGGAGAAAUAUAAUUGGACAAAGUAUAUUCCAACUUGCUAUACUUUUAGUUUUCAACUUCACUGGAAAGCAUAUUCUGAGCCUUGAAGAUUCAGACGCUACCAUAGUUCUCAAUACUUUCAUUUUCAACACAUUUGUGUUCUGUCAGGUCUUCAAUGAAAUAAACAGUCGUGACAUGGAGAAGAUAAAUGUUUUCCGUGGCAUUUUUGGAAGCUGGAUAUUCCUAGGUGUCAUAACUGCCACUGUUGUCUUCCAAGUUAUAAUCGUUGAGUUCUUAGGCACAUUUGCAAGCACUACACCACUCAGCUGGGAACUAUGGUUGCUCAGUGUCUUAAUUGGUGCUGCAAGCCUGCUUGUUGCAGUAAUAUUGAAGUUGAUACCUAUUGAAUAUAAGAAUACCAAACAUCAUGAUGGUUAUAAUCUACUACCAAAUGGUCCAGAACUUGCCUAAGAGAAGGGAAGCGCCAACGUAAUAUGGAAUGGCUCUUUUUCCUAUUCAAAGAUCAGCACCCUGGCUCUGUGUUUUCACAUCAAGAAGUCAAAGGGGCUUCUACUUUCCAAACAGAUCCGUCUACGCCUAUAUAUGGUUUAAAUGGUCCAUGUUCAAGUACUGUGAAAUCCGGUUUUGAUGGUGAAAAAAGGAAAAGAAACAACCAAAUGGAAAGAAAAUACAAAUUGAAGACUUGAACAAAAGCUCAUAGUACAAAUUCAACCAAUGGAAAGUUUUUUGUUUGAUUUUUACUCAUUUUUUGUAGUUGUCUAGUUGGUGUUUGAGAUGUUGAAAAAUCAUUUAUUGUAAGAACGAUUUUUUUUUU